ACGGUGCCGCUCGGUCCCGCAGAGCUGCCCAACUACGAGCGCAACGUGAGCCGCGCCGUGCACAAGUACAACGCGUACCGGAAGGCGGCCUCCGCCAUCGCCAAGUACCCCAGCAAGAUCCGCAGUGGUGCCGAGGCCAAGAAACUGGAAGGAGUCGGGGCCAAAAUAGCGGAGAAGAUAGAUGAGUUUUUAGCCACUGGAAAGCUACGCAAGCUGGAAAAGAUCCGACAAGAUGACACAAGCUCUUCUAUCAAUUUCCUGACCCGAGUUAGUGGCAUUGGUCCUGCGGCUGCCAGGAAGUUUGUGGAUGAAGGAAUUAAGACACUAGAAGAUCUAAGGAAAAAUGAACACAAGCUGAACCAUCAUCAGCGAAUUGGGCUAAAGUAUUUUGAGGACUUUGAGAAAAGAAUCCCCAGAGAAGAAAUGUUACAAAUGCAGGAAACCGUAUUUAUAGAGGUAAAGAAACUGGACCCUAGAUAUAUUGCUACAGUCUGUGGCAGUUUCAGGCGAGGUGCAGAAUCAAGUGGGGAUAUGGACAUUCUCCUGACUCAUCCAGACUUCACUUCUGAAUCAGCAAAACAGCCAAAACUCCUGCAUCAAGUUGUAGAACAACUGGAAAAAGUCCAUUUCAUCACAGACACACUGUCUAAAGGAGACACCAAGUUCAUGGGGGUGUGUCAGCUGCCAAACAAAGAAGAUGGAACCACCUAUCCAUACAGAAGAAUUGACAUCAGGCUGAUUCCCAAAGAUCAGUAUUACUGUGGCGUACUGUACUUCACGGGCAGUGAUAUAUUCAACAAAAACAUGAGAACCCGUGCCCUGGAAAUGGGCUUCACAAUCAAUGAGUACACAAUCCGUCCCUUGGGAGUCACUGGCAUUGCUGGAGAAGCCCUGCCAGUGGAUAGCGAAGAAGACAUUUUUGACUACAUCCAGUGGAAGUAUAGAGAACCCAAGGAUCGGAGUGAAUAACUUGCUCACAUAGGUCUGUCACCCAGCGCCCCCUUAAUUUGUGGUUUUUGAGUUGUAGGGGGUUUUUUUAGGAACACUCAGGCCUGAGCCUAAGUGCACCAUUUAUUGCUUGACCUUAACUGCAGAAGGCAAACAGACAUAUCAUGGAUGCUGUUUUUAAAUAAUUCCAUAGCACAAGUGUAGAACAAGCUGUAAAGAUUAAAGUCACUUAAUAUUGCUACUUGAUGUUCUUCCUUUUAUUCCAAAGUAUUGUCAGUGCAAAUAAAAUUAAUUUGUUGGUGUUAAUUUGGCACAGUACUAAGAAGUCUGCAAAGAAAAGGAACUGCUCAUCUUUCUCUAAAGCGAUCCCAAGAGAAAGUUGCUGCUUAAAUUGGGAAUUGAUAUAUAUUUACUUUUCCAAUAAACAGCAUUGUCAUUU